GAAUGUCACGAAUGAAAACACGCAUACGCACGUUCCACUCAAAAUUAAUUUUACACAACAGGUGUGAUUUAAAUUGAAAUACUUUGAAAUGGGCGAUGUCACUGGCAUAAGCAAUGCCGAGGCCGAAGCCUUGUGCAAAAAGCCGGAGGAGGCAACACAGGAUUUCCUGUUCCAACAAACCAUGUACCGGAUUAAGGAUCCCCGCAAGUCGCUGCCAUUCUACACGGGCGUCCUUGGCAUGACAUUGCUGGUGAAAUUGGACUUUCCCGAGUCCAUGUUCUCCCUGUAUUUCAUGGGCUAUGAGAAUGCCGACGAUAUACCCAAGGACCCGAAGGAGCGCAGGAGCUGGGCGUUGAGCCGCAAAGCAACCAUUGAGUUGACCCACAACUGGGGCACUGAAAACGACCUGGAUCAGGGCUAUCAUAACGGCAACAAUGACCCCCGUGGCUUUGGACACAUUGGAGUGAUGGUUCCCGAUGUCUAUGCUGCCUGCAAGCGAUUCCAGGAACAGGGAGUCGAGUUCGUGAAGAAGCCAGACGAUGGCCGCAUGAAGGGAUUGGCCUUCAUCAAAGAUCCCGACGGCUACUGGAUUGAGAUUUUCAAUGCCUACACCGUUCCGAAAUAGAAUGGAAACUUUACUUUCAUGAAAUGUACAUGUGCUGCCGUUCCUUAACCCAACCCUUUUUAAAGGAGAAUUGUUACAAAUAAAUUAGGGAGUGUCCAAUGUCCA